GUCCUUAGUGUUUCACCUCCUUAAAUAUGAAAAAUCAGUGCUCUGAGCUAUUCUCAAUUCAGAUGUGCACAAAAACGAGAGAGUCAUUAACUCUUCAUCCACAAACUUCAGUGGAGUCUGACGGUGUUCUAGUUGUGAAGAUGGAGGAGGAAGAACAGACCUUUGGCCUGAACUCCAGCCUCGGCUGGAGCCACUGCCAUAGCCCAGACACCUUCCGCCAAAGGUUCAGGCAGUUUGGCUACCAGGAUUCCCCUGGGCCCCGGGAGGCCCUGAGUCGCCUCCGGGAGCUCUGUAACAGGUGGCUGAGGCCAGAGGUGCACAGCAAGGAGCAGAUCCUGGAGUUGCUGGUGUUGGAGCAGUUCCUGGCCAUCCUGCCCCAGGAGCUACAGGCCUGGUUGUUGGAACAUCGGCCAGGAGAUGGCGAGGAAGCUGUGAGUCUGCUGGAGGAGCUGGAACAAGAGCUUGAUGGGCCAUCAGAACAGGUCUUUUUGGAACAAAAUGAGGACAUGCUUGCAGAAAAGCCAGCACCUUGGAACAUCACUCAGGAACUACCUAGCAGUCGGCUUGAACCCGACAAGCAGCAGUUGCAGUGGGCAUCGAGGGAGCAUCACUCCUUAAGACAAAACGAUAAAGACAUAACCAUCAAUGAGAAAUCUGCUGCAAGGCAAAAGGAUUCUUCGGGUCUAGAACUACAUUAUGAUGUUUCUAAUACUCUUCACAUGAAUACUUCCCAGAAUUUCACAUAUAGAAGAGCCUGUGAACAAAAUGGCAGGUUUGAAAGAAGACAGGGAACCCCUACUCGAAAAAAACAACACAAGUGUGAUGAAUGUGGUAAAAUCUUCAGUCAAAGUUCAGCCCUUAUCCUACAUCGGAGAAUCCACAGUGGAGAAAAGCCUUAUUCAUGUGACGAGUGUGCAAAGGCUUUUAGCCGAAGUGCAAGCCUGAUUCAGCAUCGAAGAAUCCACACUGGGGAAAAGCCUUACAAGUGUCAUGACUGUGGGAAAGCAUUUAGCCAAAGCUCAAAUCUUUUCAGACAUAGAAAAAGACACAAUAAAGAAAAAGUCGCUUCAGUGCAGUGAGCUAAUCAUAGCAUUUGCUCGAAGUUUCUUCAACAGGGAAUCAGAUAGAUGAAGCAAACUCUAGUAUAGAUCAGUGUUUUCAGUGGCAGCCAGUCUCCUUUCAAAGGUUCUAAAAGCCACGGGAAAGAUUGUGAAAUGUCUGUGUCAGCGUUGUUUGUUUUCCAUAUUAUCAGUACAGUGUGAAUACAGGUGCUGGAGAUUCUAAGGCUUAAUUUAGACUUCCAUCCUGAGGAAAAUCCUUGAGAAGUGUUUUCAGAUGUGCUUUACUCUUAGUAUUCUGAGUACAAAUAAUGAGGUAGUAUAUUCUCUUUUAGACAAAUAUAUUUUCUUGUUGGGAAAGAAAGUGUGAGUGACUC